AUGAGACUGAACAACAAAUUCAGUUUGCUUUUGGCUUUAUUGCCCGCCUUGUCGCAAGCAAGCACCUACACGUUGGUGGACUGUUUUAGCUCACUGCCUUCCGACUUUUCACAAGACGAUACGUAUGCCUACCAGACAAGUUCGUACUGCUAUGAACAGUGCAAUGCAAAGGGUGCAAGCUACUUUGCCCUUUACAAUCAUUCAGAGUGUUUUUGCGGCAGUACAAACCCUUCCGGUUCAGAAUCUACAUCGACUUCAUGUACCGCAUAUUGUCUGGGCUACGGUAGCGAAAUGUGUGGUGGUACAGACGCGUACUCUGUAUACCGGAUUGGAUCCGAUACAAGCAGUGAUAGCGUAAGUAGUUCUGACUCUGAUACUCAAACCAGUUCUUCCACAACGUCUUCCACGACAUCUUCCACAACGUCUUCCACAACGUCACAAACAUCUGACUCAACCCAAACAACAUAUUCUACUUCAACAUCACAGAGCUCAAGUUCCACGACGUCACAAAGCUCACAAAAUGCAAACACUUUGACGACGAGUAGUACUAGUUCCCAAUCACAAGAUGCUACUUCCGUAAUAUACUCAACCGCUCUCCACACUGAGGGUGGUUCUACAAUAUUUGUGACCAAUACGAUUACGAAAAGUGCUCAGAAUUCAGGAUCUGCCACCGGUACAGCAGCAUCAGACUCGACGAGUGGAAAGAGUACACACAAGAAGGCCAAUGUCGGGGCCAUUGUUGGUGGUGUUGUCGGUGGUGUUGUUGGAGCCGUAGUAAUUGCACUUGGUAUUCUAUUGAUUGUUAGACAUAUCAACAUGAAACGUGAACAAGAUAGAAUGGAAAAAGAAUACCAAGAGGCUAUAAAACCAGUGGAAUACCCAGAUAAGCUAUAUGCUUCUUCCUUUUCGUCCAAUCAUGGGCCUUCGUCCGGAAGUGUCGAAGAACAGCAUACGAAUGUUCCAACGGAUACUAAUCCGUUCGAUGACUCAAGAAGAAUAAGCAACGGAACAUUUAUAAAUGGCGGACCGGGAGGAAAAAAUAAUGUUCUAACAGUGGUUAAUCCAGAUGAAGCUGAUUGA